AUGGCGCCCAAGUCCGCCGCCCAAUUGCGUCGUCUGCACGAACGGGCAGCGGCAAGGGGAGAAACGUACACCCUCACGGCGUCCACUAGCACCACCCCUGACCUUGGCGACGUCGGCAACCAGCAAGGAAACAAGGAAUCCUCUUCCUCCAUCGCUCCACCAUCCCGACACAACGGAAGCAGUCCCCAAACCACGGGGACGAUCACACGAACAGACGGCGUCCGACGCGAAACUGCGGUGCAGCUACGGCAAGCCUUGGACGCGAUCGAGCAACGUACGGACACGACCGCCAAAGAUCGUCGGUCGGCAAAACGCAAGGCGGAAGCCAUUGCCGCGGAAGCGGCGGGCUGUACAGCAACCGAACUUCUUGCAUGGUACGAGCAACACGGUGCGAACGACCCCGACGCGGCCGCCUCCAAAAUCCCCUACAUUGUCUUUGUCGGACAGCUUUCCUACGAUACGACCAAGGAUAGUCUGUUCCAACACAUUCGGAAAGAAAUCGGAACGGAACACAAGGUCAAUCCGUCCACGGUCAAGAUUCGCCUGCUCACCGACGCGAAAACAAAAAAAUCGCGUGGUAUGGCCUUUGUCGAAGUCCCAGACCCAGAAAUGCUCUACGCUUGCCUUAAAUUGCAUCACACCUUUUUGGAAGGCCGUCGACUCAACGUGGAACGCACGGCUGGUGGUCGCAAGUCUAGCGAUCAACGGAAAACCAAAAUUCAACAACGCCGCCAAGAACAGGAACAGUACUUUGGGACGGUGGUGGACAACAUGCUGCAAGAGCAUUACAAAAGUGGAGAAAUCAAGCCACACGAAAUUGAUGACGGCGUUGUUGGUCUUUGCAAAAGGCAUUCGGCAACCAAUCCAACGGUCGAGACAUGGACAACCCCAGUGCUUACCUGA